AGUGAAUAGCUCUGAGAUGGCAUGUAUCUGCCUCUGAUUUUCUUGUACUGGCACAUUGACCUCUGCACUGCACAAACGUCGGAUCUACGGGCAAAUCUAGUGGCCGGACAUUCUCGAAAAACCUUUCGACCAGCAUACGACGACGCAUUCUCUUCAACUGGGGAUCUUGAGUUCCAGAAACCGCUUGACAAAGGUGGUGAAGUAGCCGAACCGCUGAAGAAGUUUACCUCAGAUUUUCUUUCGUCUGCCAGAGGGAAUCUCGAACACGGUGAAGAAAACGUUUUCAAAACUCUCUGGUACGAUCCCAGUUACAAAAUCCACGACCUUUGUGAGGAGUCCAACUCGGGAAAGCAAACAAGAUAUGGGCAACUGAUAUGGACAGAAACAGGCGAUCGUCUUCUCAAGAUAAUCGGUAACGGAGUGGUAAAGGAUGGUUAUAAUAUGUUUCUUGCUCCGGGUCAAGCCCAUGGUCGACAAACAGAGGUGCAUGUUGCGGUUUACAUCGAAUCCAUGUCCUCCUUCAAAGCGCAGACAAUGGACUUCGAAGUGGACAUGUACUUGGCUAUGGGCUGGUUUGAUCGACGCCUCGCACAUAACUGUACACAUCCCAUUCUUGUCACAAGCAAGGUGAUUGCUGAUAGAAUGUGGCAUCCAGAUUUGUAUUUUGUAAACUCCAAGUUCGCAUAUCUGCAAGAAGUGACCACUCCAAACUUUUUGGUCUUAGUGUAUCCUGAUGGGCUUAUCUUCAAAUCAAUGCGGCUAGACGUGACACUUAGCUGUAUGAUGGACCUGAAACUGUUUCCCAUUGACCAUCAAGAAUGUCCAUUGACAAUUCAAAGCUUUGCUUACAUCGAAGAAAUUGUCAACCUCACAUGGCAUGUUGACCCUCCGUCUUUCCCGAUUGGAUCUAACGAAGAGAUCAAGCUAAAUGACAUGACAAUCACGAAGACGCGAUAUGAGAAAUGUGCGGGCCCGUAUCCGAUGUUUCGCGGAUCAGCACAAUGGAGUUGUAUCAGGGCAUUCAUCGUCAUGAAACGGCUAGUGCUCUUCCACAUUAUCCAGACAUAUAUACCUACAGGCAUGCUAGUUUCAAUUUCUUGGAUGUCUUUCUGGCUAGAUCCUCGCGCAUCUCCGGCAAGGAUUACUCUUACAAUCACGAGUUUGCUCACUCUAACUACAAUGAGUAACGGCGCUAGACAGGACCUACCUCAGGUCUCCUAUAUCAAAGCGUUGGAUAUCUGGUUGACGUUUUCACAGGCGCUCAUAUUCUUAGUUCUACUUGAAUACGCAUUCGUUAGCUUUUAUGUAACGAAACGGGUUUUCGACUGUUCUCAUCGAACAUCCCACUUCCAGACUCAAAACAUGUCCAAUAAUAAUCAUAAAUUCGACGACGAGCGGAUACGUAUAGAUGAUGCGGAAUCCUACCCAUUCGCUCGUGACGAAUCGCCACCACCUGCACCAAGACCUGAAAACGGAAAAGCGAAAUCUGGAUACACUCUCACCAAAGGCCUUACGGCGUGUAUGAACCAUACAGCGCUAUGUGGAGCAGCUGUGUUAUCAGAGCACACUCGGGCGUGGCUCGAAAAUGAGGCUGAACAUACCGCCUUGAUGUCCGCAGCGCCACACGCUACAGCUCACAUUUAUAGCAAGUAUGAUUUUACAAAGCCCUGCCAAAAAUGUGCACUACAGAAUGAACACACAGCCCGAAAAAUUGAUCGAAACAGUCGAUGGAUAUUUCCAACAACGUUUUUGAUAUUUUGUAUCUCCUACUGGGUAUACUUCACUUACCGAAGCACAUAACAUCAUACUG